UCUGUCAUUUUCAGUCGAUCGAAGAUCGGUCACUGAAACCGAAUUAUAACAUUAAAACUUAGCGAAAAUGUCGUUAGUGAAAAUAUUUUCUCUUUCCACUCGAGCUCGUGUAGCUUGCACUAGCAACAUACUGGCCCGCCAUGCCAGCUCAGGAGAGGGCCGUGUAGAGAAGGUAUACCCACAAGAACUGCCGGGCUACAAAUAUGUGAAUGCCGAGGAUCCCAACAUGAAUUUCAAAGAGAUGACUGACAGAGCUGCCCAGACUAUGUUUUGGACUGAGCUGGUCAGAGGGUUUGCUGUAACUCUAGCCCAUAUAUUCAAGGAACCAGCAACAAUCAACUACCCAUUUGAGAAGGGACCCUUGUCACCCCGUUUCCGUGGCGAGCAUGCCCUCCGUCGAUACCCCUCUGGGGAGGAGAGGUGCAUUGCUUGCAAACUCUGUGAAGCUAUUUGCCCUGCUCAGGCUAUCACAAUCGAAGCUGAAGAGAGAAAAGAUGGCUCACGACGAACAACACGCUACGACAUUGAUAUGACUAAGUGCAUCUACUGUGGAUUCUGUCAGGAGGCUUGCCCUGUCGACGCGAUUGUCGAAGGACCCAACUUUGAGUUCUCCACCGAGACCCACGAAGAACUCCUAUACAACAAGGAGAAACUUCUGUCCAACGGUGACAAGUGGGAAAGUGAAAUCGCUACCAACAUCAGAGCAGACCAUCUUUACCGCUAAAUCCUCUUCAAUUGUUAGUGUAAAUAACAUUUCGAGACCUAUUUUGGGGACAGAAAUUGAUGCAAUCGAUGUAAAUAAUACUAAGCUGUCUGGAUACAGUCACUAACUAUGAAAUGUUCACAAAAUAGAUCUCGAAAUUAGGAAUAAAUAAAUUAUUAUCAUUUGUGAUAAAAUAUAUAAAUACCAUCUCAGUUA